AUGUGCCUGUACCUGGCGGCCCUUGUGGGCCUGUCCUAACUUCUGCACUGGUACCGGGAGAGGCAGGUGGUGAGCAAACUCCGAGACAAGUACGUCUUCAUCAUGGGCUGCGACUCGGGCUUUGGGAAGCUGCUGGCCAGGCAGCUGGACCUGCGAGGCUUGAGACCUAAUAUAAGACCCGGAUUUAACUGGAGGGUUUUUGUUUUCAGGCACGACCUUCGACAUUUUGGGGUGAAGAUCAGCAUAGUUGAACCUGGCUACUUCAGAACUGGAAUAACAGACUUGCAGGUGUCCUUAGCAAAAGUGAAGCGAGUCUGGGAAGAAGUCCCUAUGCAUAUUAAGGAGACCUAUGGAGAAAAGUGUUUUGAUGGCUCCUUCAAUAUUGUAAACAAAGGGCUGUUGAGCUGUAGUACCAACCUGAAGCUGGUCGCUGACUGCAUGGAACACGCUCUGAUAUCUGUGCAUCCCCGCACUCCAUAUUCAGCUGGCUGGGAUGCUCAAUUUUAUUUCAUCCGUCUAUCUCACUUACCUACAUCACUGGCAGACUACAUAUUGACUAGAUCUUCAACCAAACCAGCCCAGGCAUUUUAA